AUGGGGUCUUUGGAAGCCGCACCUAGGCACAGAGACCCUUUGCCUGCUAUAGGUUUCUUGAAGGACUCGCCUUUCGUUUCCAAGUGCUCCUCGAGCGCGACCGGAUCCCCCACCCCUCUCAUGAGCCCCAACGUCAUGUACGCCGGUCAGCCGUUAUCCUACGCCUACGCGCCCAACCCACAGCCAGGUUACAUCUCGCCGUCCGAAGCGCGUCGCGACAUUGAAGAUGAAAAGGACAAGCACACACCGAGACAAUCUCUCCCCUCCAUCCACGAAGCCCUCGGCAACGACUCUCUUCCCUACCCUGCGCCCACCUCAGCUCCUCCCCCACAAUCACACCCUGCGCCAUCACACAUCGCCGGUCGACCAAGCACCGAAGGGCCGUCCGGUCCGCCAAACCCCUUCAAUCCGGUGAUGCGGGAACCUGGCUACCAUCCGCACCCAUUGCAAGACUCGCACUCCAGCCUCACCUCCGUCAACACCCAAGACUCCCGCGCCUCCCUCCACUCCCUUAGCACUGGCAAGUCUCCAACACAGAGCGCCAAAACAGGAAUCACCUCCGUCGGGUCGCAACACUCCACCUACGAAUACAGCGCGCCAACUUCCGCCGGUAGCUCGAUCCCCGGUCAUGGCCAUUCAUACCAACCAGCACCCUAUGACAACCGCCCUUACAUGGGCGCGCGCGUGGAGGAACCCAAGAGCGGGUAUGUGGGCCGCCCAAUUCCUCCUCACAGCGACACCGUCAAGCGGCAUCUAGACGUCUAUGAUGUGGAGCAGUCUUUGAACGAGAUUGCCGAAAUGAGCACACGGACUCUAGAUUUUUCGCGACACUACGCUGCUCGUGCGCACCAAACCCAACGGUCUGGAACCAUAAUAGGGUCCCUCCCUUCGCUAAAUGAAGUGGAGGACAUGCUCCAUAUGCAACGGCGGAACCAAGAUGCCUUGGUUCGGAUACGCACAGCCGUCGUGAACCAGGAACAGGCGCUCGCCGAGCAAAUGGCCCAGCGGAAGGCGUUCAAAACCGAGGAUGACCACAUGGCAAUGUACCCCGAAGAUUACAAGGGCACGGGCGGUUUCGCAGGUGCUGAUCCAAAGAAAAGGCGUGGAAAGGCCGCCCCUCCUGGUCGUUGCCACAGUUGUAACCGAGCCGAAACGCCAGAAUGGCGUCGGGGUCCAGAUGGUGCCCGAACGCUGUGUAACGCCUGCGGUCUACACUACGCCAAGCUGACUCGGAAAAUGGGCGCGAACAAGGCCGCAGGUUUGGGUUCCAAUCUGAAGCCAAAGUCGGCCCUCGACUCCGCCUCUCCAACCAGUCAUUAA